AUGGAGCUUAUGCAUUUACCAAACGAGCUUCUUGAGCAUAUCGUUGGAUAUACCUUGCCAGAGGGCUUCGAGAGUCUUGCAUUAACUUGCAAGCGCUUUCAUGCUCUAUGUACUGCGUUUCUUGCGUACCACAACAGACUGCGCUGGCAUUUCCAGAAGUUCCACUACUACAAGACAAAAGAGGUGGUGAAGAGCAGACUUGCUAUACUCCAAAUCCCUGACGCAAUCAGCUCAGCGUUCAACUUGAUUGCGAGGAUCGCUGUGGAGCCUGUUGUAGCGCGCUACAUUCAAGAGGCGGAUUUUGUAAAGGACAGUGAAAUAUCGAUGGGCAAACCGCGUCAUUUUGUGACUGACGGAUCUCAUGACGAAGCUAUGAUGCGACUGCUUGCCGGUUCUCCUUACCUAAAACAAGCAGGUUUAGACUGGAAGGAAUACUGGGCUGUAAUUCAGGAAGACCUCAACGAUGGUCGUUAUUCACAACAUGCUGCAGCGUUUACUUUGACUCUGCUUCCGAAUGUCAAGUUUCUCGGCCUGCCUAAGUGGUGGAAGCCACAAGCUGCACCUGAUAAACUUAUCGAUACCAUGAUUUCGAAAGCUCGAAAUAACCCUAGUUGCAGCACCUGCCUUGCUCAAGUCACGAGCUUGGUAGGCCAUGGCUGUGCAGACGGCAGAUUCAAUCUAGAUUGGGCAGCUUCUUUUCUGACCUUGCCACAGGUUCAAUAUUUUGGAGCCACAUGGUGUAAAGGUGGCAGCGAUAGAAAUGCUGCGCUAAAAUACGAAGCGCUUGAAUUGGUUUCUUUUGUUCAUGCUUCCAUUGAUGAGAUUGAAAUUGCGCGUUUUCUUCAGAACACUCCGCGUCUCAAGACGUUCAAGUUUUGGCAUUCAGCGGAAGAUAUUGAUCCUACGCAAGGCUGGGAUCUUUGCCAGUUCGUCACGGUAAUUGAGCACAAAGUCGGAGACCACCUCGUGGACCUUUCUGUACUCCUCGACGACGAGCCUCGUACCACUGUCAGUCCUGGGAGAGCAUCGUUAUGUGGUUUCAAAAGCCUAGAAAGACUUCAACUUCCCCUCGAAAUUGUAUCAUGCAAUCUCAUGGCAGCUGCUUCAGACUUGCCCGAAUCACUCAUCCAGGACCUUAUACCGGCGUCGGUCACACAUCUCUCUUUUGUGUCCUGUGGGACGGAUGAAGAGGCAAAGGCUCUGGCGAUCAUCUUUCAUGACUUUCCCGCUGUGAAGGCUCAGGCACCCUCUCUCAAAGAGAUCCACCUGACAUUGCCUGCAGAGGCAACUGAACUAUAUAGGGAUCACUUUGCCAAGGUUUCCGCGGAGAUCGAAAAGACGGGCGUGGUAUUUAAGGAGGAACAGUGGAUUCAAUCAGUUACUUGGGACGACGAGGAGGACUAG